UUUUGUAAUACAAUGUUUACAUUUAAUUGAAGUAUGUAUGUAUCAUUGAUGAGGUCGGUCUGUAUUGACUGUUACCCGUGGAACUGACUUGAGGAAGUGACGUACUUACUAUAACAACGUGCACAGUGAGCUUCACAUGAACUGUUUGAUUGACACCAAUAUUCAACCUAUUGAGUACCUCCUGUCACAAUGACGCAGACAGACCCACAUCAGGAGCAGCCAGAGUGUCUCUACCUGGAAUUAUCAUCCCAAAACGAGCAGCCCUCUGUUCCCCUACACACCUCCAUCUCACUCUUCCUACUGUCUUACUGCGAGUGCACAUCAUUCAAAGUCUUCCUCGUCUCUGCCAAGCCUGACACACAAAGCUCACAAUCCUGGAAGUCACAGGUACCAACGUCUUUAGCUGUCUCGAUGGUCCAUGUCAAGGACCUGCCUGUGUUGGUGAGGGGCUGCCGUCUCCCCGCCGUACUGGAUGAGACUGGGAGGUACUGCAGGGCCGGGCUGGCUGUGGUGCUCAGGCAUAUUAUAGACAGGACCUGUGAGGCAGACCCCAGAAGGAAGGAUGCAGCAUCACUGCUAGGGUUCAAGAAGACCUGUCUGAAGGCCUGCGCUGAGGUGAGCCAGUGGACCAGGCUGUGUGAGCUCAGUAUCCCCUCAGCCGUGGAGGCCCACCUCCGGCAGCCCACUAACCCAUCCCUGCACCUCCCAUCUGCCCUCCUCAACCUUGAAAAGACACUAGGCGAGCCCGUCAAGGUGCACAACGACGACAAGAUCCGCCGGCAGAAGCUCCAGCAGCAGCAGAAGAACCACCAGAAGAAAAUCUCUCAGGACCUCCAAGAGGACCAAGGGACAGACGUCACCCAGCCCCAGGAUUCGCAGUCCGCCAACGGGCUAGAACUCCAAGCAGCCCUGGCCAAGCUGUAUGUGGAUAGUGGUGCAGUUCCGUCCACGACCAUUAGGGAGAGCUCUGACAUCAGGAAAGUGAAGACCACAGAGCUGCCGCAGCUGGAGCAUGUGUUUGCCGAGGGGCUGUACUUCACUCUGACUGAUGUGGUGUUGCUGCCUUGUAUCCAUCAAUACCUGAGCUCCCUCCAGAGCCACAACGCCAGCGCGCUAUCCCAGCUGCCUCUCUUGCUGCGCUGGUACCUCCAGGUCCAGGAAGUCCCCGGGGUCCCCAGGGCGGCCCAGGCCUGUGGGAUGGCCCUCUCCACCCCCAAGGCCUUCACUACCGGCCCCCCAACCAUAGCCGAAACACAACAGUCCAGCCAAGCAAAUCAGGAAAGCCUGGAGAUGACGAUGAAGGAGGUGCACUUCGUUGGAGGCCCCAGGCCCACUAUGACUAAACUCAAAGAGAGGGGUAUUGAGGCCGUCUUCUCACCUCAUCCUUGCCCCUCCUGGACCCUCCCCUGGGACAGCUUACCGGAGGCCGUCAACCCAACUGAAGGGAAGAUGUCUGACGUCCGCGCCGCGAGGAAACGGCAGCAGCUGAACAACCUGGUCGCCAUGGCGACGGAGCUGGCCCGACCGGGGGACACCGUGGUGGAUUUCUGCAGCGGAGGGGGCCACGUCGGGAUCGUUCUGGCUCACACUCUGCCCGACUGCCAGGUGAUCCUGAUAGAGAACAAGGAGGAGUCUCUGGUUAGGGGGAAGGUGAGGAGUGCUGAACUGGGCCUGACCAACAUAGGCUUCAUCCAGGCCAACCUGGACUACUUCACUGGACCCUUCCACAUAGGGGUGGCCCUCCAUGCGUGUGGCGUUGCGACAGACAUGGUGGUAGAGCAGUGUAUCCAGGCGGGAGCGACCUUCGUGGUCAGCCCCUGCUGCUACGGCUUCGUCCAGAACACACUGAAGUUCACCUUCCCCAGGAGCAAAAGGUUUCUGGAGACACUGAGUUACAAGGAGCACAUGAUCCUCUGCCGCUUCGCAGACCAGACAGCUGUCCAGCUGCCUUCAGAACGACGCUUAAUAGGUAAACAGUGCAUGGGCCUGGUGGACCUGGACCGCUCCUGGGCAGCAGAGACUCAUGGGUACUCUGUCAGGGUGAUGACCAUGGAGCCAGACAGCUGCUCCCCCAAGAACAACAUGCUGGGCACAGCAGAGGAACUUCAUCAAUCCCACUCCUUCAUUAAUACAAGCAGUGAGCAACAGCUUCCACCCGCGGAAACAGCUUCCACCCUACACCCCUGAAAAAGAGUCUCCUUUCUGCCAAUACAGUGGCAUAUGCAGGAUCUGUAGUACACAGAGUGACUAUGACAAGCGUACUGUCUGGAUGAGCGCUACAGACAACGGUGUUGCCCAGAGUAUUUGCUGCACGACGCACUGGACAGUUACAAAAAUAUGACCCAGGAUGACAGCCUCACUCCCAAACCUCCCCACCCCCCCUGACCAACAAGUCCUUUGCUUUCUUCAAUACUCCUCACUUGGCUAACAGUUUGACCACAUAAACACUGGUACAUCUUGAGCACUGACCAGACCUUUGCAGGUUGUGGAUCUUCCACCGGUGCCAAGUAGCACCUUAUAUAUCAGAAGCUUCUACAGCCAUGACAUAUUUUCUGGAAUUUUCCAAGCUGUUUAACUUAGUCAACUUAGUGUAUGUAAUCUUCUUGCCCACAUUGUGAGACAGUGGAAUUGUGAGACAGUGAAUUAUAAGUGAAAUAAUCUGUCUGUAAACAAUUCUAUUAUUCUACAUUGUAGAAAAUGUAUAAAAACCUGUUUUGCCUUUGUCAUUAUGUGUUAUUGUGUAUAGAUUGAUGAGAGAAUUUUUUUUUUUUUUAGAAUAAGGCUGUAACAAAAUGUGAAAAACAUCAAGGGUUCUGAAUAUUUUCAGAAUGCACUGUAUAUAUUGGAUUUUCUGUAACUACUACAGUGGAGGUAGGUAUACAGGAGGUAUACAGUGACCUAUUUCAAAAACAACUUGUAUCUACGGCCACUGCACGUAAUGGUCAUAUUGACGGGUAUUUCAAGCUUCCAACAUAAUACUUUUUACUGUUGCCUGAAAAGGUUCUGGAUAGAACCAAGAAGGGUUCUAUGCUUGCUUCAUAUAUGGCACCCCGAAAGGUUCUCUCUCUAUAUAUAUCAACGCAACAUGUAAAGUGUUGGUCCAAUGUUUCAUGAGCUGAAAU